GACUGACCUACUCCAAAGGCUAUCCGACUAUGGUCUACGAGGAGGAAUACUCGAGUUUCUAGGUCAGACAGUGCAAAUAGUUACACUUUGGUAACGUGUCACCUCUUUGUGCUACUUUUUUAUUUCUGCUUUGGCCACAGCCAGAAGUCUCACUUAAUUAUUGAUAAGUUCCAAAGUUUAUUUUCUGAUUUCAAAAGACUCACUAGCUAUGUGCUGUACAGAGCAAGUAAUUGAUUACUUUUAUAUUUGCGGUGUGGAUUAUGGUGUUGGCCUAGAGAGCUUCAGCUCAGGCGAAAAACGUGAUGGUUAUCUUGAUCUUCCUCCUCUGGAGCGGCCCUACAAGUGCCGCGUCCUUCAACACUUUCCUGAAUAUUCUCCGAGUUGUCCUUUUGAUGAGGAAUCCACUGCACUGGUUACGAUGCCCCAAGGUCUCAAUAUAUUUGGUCAAAGUAGCCCAUUAUUUAACCGGUUCCAUUUGCCCCAAAGACAUACUUUUAUAAUUACUAGGGAAGAUGGUACUCGUGUUCACGGCUUAGCACUGCUUUUCUGCGAACUAGUUACACAUGAAGGCUUUAAAGAGGCAGUCAGUUCACUGCAAAUGAUGUACACUGCAGAUCUUCAGUCGCGUAGACUCUCAACGCCUACAAAGGAAGAACUUAACCCAGGGGUUAUCACGGAAUGCUUUGGGAGUCAGAAAGAUUCUCUUUUUACUACAAAGGCUAUCGGUCUUUUGUCUCGUCAUCCGUUCAUUUUCGGUUUGUUUAAUUGGUUGGAGGAUUUGUGGGCUAUGAUGUAUAUUUCUCCUAGUACUAAAUGCCUUCAGUCCACUUUGGAACAAUGUAUUCAUGAUAUGUUGUUUAAAACUAAACUUCCUGCUGUUGGUCAAUAUGUAACGUUUUCCACUCCAUUCAGGACUCAUUAUGGUUACUGUCCUGCACCCAUAUCACCUAUAGCAAAUUUAAUGAAUGGACAACUAAACCAAAAAUACCAUGUAGAAUUAUCAUUAUUUGAAUAUUCUCUUGAAGAAUUAUUUGAAUUGAUUGAUUUGGAUGAUUUUAUUCGUUUAUUCACGUGUACGCUUCUUGAGUAUCGUAUAAUUUUAUUCUCAAAAGUGUAUUAUCGUCUUAUGUUGAUUGCUGAAUGUGUUACUUGUUUGUUAUUACCAUUUUAUUGGCUACAUGUAUAUGCUCCAAUACUACCAGUAUCAUUAACUCAUUUUGUCGAUGCUCCUGUUCCAUUUAUCAUGGGUAUUAACAUACCAGAUCCAUGUUAUAAUAAUAAUAAUCAUAAUGAGAAAUAUCCAUUUAUUAAACAAUACGUUUCAGAUAAUCAUACACAAGAAUAUUUCUACUCCCCUUCGGUUGAGUUAGCUAGUGAAACAAACGUCUGUUAUGUUUAUAUUGAUGAAGGAAGAGUUAUUGUGCCGGAUGAAAUUCCUGAAUUUCCAAAUAGUCAAGAUACCAAACAAUCUUUAUUAGAGAUUUUAAAAUUAGCUAAACAUCUAUCAAGAAGUUUCAAUAAUCAGAUUACAACCGAACAGAAUACUGUUCAGCAUUUGACAGAUAUUUCUCAGACUACUGCACCUAUUAGUUGUACAACACCACAUACAGCGGCUCCUGUACCUAGACCCAAACCCCCUAGUUCACUGAUAAAGUUCACUGGACUUCAAAGAAAAGUAUCUUUGACUCGUUCCAACCAAUCACAAUCAGUUUGUGAUCAAGAUGAAUUAACAAUAGCAAAAGUGAAUGAUUCAUCUAUGGAGAAUGCUAAUAGGCAACGACAAGAACAAUUCUGCAUACGCAACAAUAAUAGCAAUAAUGUUAGUGCAUCAGACAAUAGUUGUACAAAUCAAAUCAACUAUUUUGAAGUCUGUUCAAAGGCAGCUAAACAGAUUAUUUCGAAAGAGGUUUAUUCAAGUUAUACCGAAUUAUUACAUAUAAAUGCAGCUAUAAGAAAUUUAUUUCUUGCCAAUUUUACAAUGAUAUUUCAAGAUUAUGAAAAUUAUUUAAUAUUGGAUAGGAAUGGACAAAAACCAGAUAAUGGAAAUAUUUCCUGUGGUCUACAUGGAUUUGAUAAAGUUGGCUUUUUAAGUGAUCAACCAGAAACACAUUUACCUUUUUUAAGUGCAUUUCUAGAAACACAAAUGUUUGCCAGUUUUCUAGAUUCACGUAUAAAAUGGCAUAAUUUAUCACACAAUAAAAUUAUGCAUAAUUCUAAUUCACCACCAAUGCAUUUAACUGUUUUCCAUUUAUUGCUGUCAAGAUCACGCCAUGAACGAAAAACAAUAUUUCGAUCUAAUAAUAGUAAUAACAAUAAUAAUAAUAAUACUUUAAUGAAUACAACUUUGUUAUCAGAAAACAUUAAUAAUGAUGUGAUGUUUGAUUAUAAUCAACAACUUCAGUACAAUUCAAAUUUUCCUGAUUUCAAUUCUAAGCCAAUAUUUGAAAAUGUAAAUUGUCAAAUUAAUAAUAAUAAUCACUUACCAGACUUAUUAUAUGAUAUUAAAACUGAACCAAGUAUCACUACCAACAACAAACCACCUACUCAUAAUCAGGUAUCAUCGAAAUCAGUUCACUCAUCUGAAUGUGUACUACCAUCGUCAUCAUCACCAUCAUUCAGUGUCGUUAGUGAACAACAAUUUGGUCAAUUUCCAACAUUAAAUAAUCACAUGCUACGAUCGUAUGCGUCAUCAGCUGCAGAGACAAUGAUGUCUCCAAGUCACAAACACUUUUUGUCCAAUCCUUUUGGUAAUAAUAGUAGUCAACAAUCAAAAUGUAAUAAGUGUUCAUUAUUAUCCACACAUGGUUCCUGUACAUCACUUUCAUUAAAUCACUACUAUCUUAAUGCUGUUUCACAAUCAGAUAAAACUAGUCGACAUAUUAUAUCGCAUUCAGCCAAUAUCGAAGCCGCAUCAACAUUAGCGUCUCAAUGUUUAAUAUCAAGUAAUCCGAUUGGUUGCAUGUCUACACCGACUAAACGAAUUGUUCCUUUAUCUUCUAUCAUCAAUACUAUGAAUACAGAUGCUUUAAAUAAUUUGAAUAAAUCAGAUAAUGUGGAUUCUAAUAUAUCCAAUGGAAAUAAUACAAAAUCAGUGAAUCGUUGUUUUGUGCAUACACAUCAUCAAUUCGCUGAUUUACAACGUAAUGGAAUGGCUCAAGCUAAUUGGGAUUUUGUUGAUGCUUUACUCGAAGAAUGCAAGCAUAGGACUAAACGAAUGGUUCUCAAGAAAAUUGGUCAAGAAGCAAUUGAAAUGGGACAUUGUGAUCCAAAUAUUUCUGUAGUUGAAGAAAAUACACUAGUUUCUGGUUUAUGUGAUCUACUGGAACGUAUAUGGUCACAUGGUUUGAAUAAAAAAAUAGGUAAAUCAGCUUUAUGGUCACAUUUAGUUUUUUAUGCUAGACGUGUUGAAUUAAUGAAACAAACUAAUAAAGAAUUAGCAAUAAAUGAUUCUGAAUUACUCAACCUUGAAUCAUCACCUCCUACAUCAUCAUCGUGUAGUGGUUCACCGCGCAUAUCUGACCUACGAAGUGUUAAUGUUGGCAGUGAGAAUUCUCUCCUACCAUCGGAUUCGCCAUUAUUAUCACCUGAUUUGCAACAAAAGUCAUCACAAACUGAUACAAAUUAUUCAGGUUGCAGCUCGUUAAAACGUGUCUGCAAGUUUUCAAAUGAUGCAGUACAUAUGAUGGAAUCUAAUCAGUUAUCUAAAACAACUCCAUCUUCUCACCGAUUUUCACGUUUUCCUUGGCAAGAUCCAUACUAUCCAUCCACUACAUCCUCUUCAUCUACUUUUUCACCAAAAUUAUUAUCUAGUUUAAAUAGUUGGAGAAUGAAACUUCAAGUGUUAGACGUUCGUGUUUCUUCUAAUCGUGCUCAAAGUGCUUCAUCUCGACAGAAAUAUCCCAGUCCAAUUUCAUCUCGUUUAGGUCAAUCUUCUAAUAACAAUAGUCUUGGAAAUAGUAGUAGUAGUAGUAGGAGCAGCAGUGUCGGUAAUAUCAGUGGAUCACUUACUCCAAUAAAUAUAAGUGGUGCUGGAAUGAUUUUAGAUUUACGUAAAAUAUUUGGGUCAAAACUCAUUGAACAUUCAUUAAUUGACGAUAUUCAUUCAAUUCAAUCAAUGAAAACUGUUAAAACAGAUAUUGGUUUCGCCAGAGCAUUUGUUCGUUUAGCUUUAGAAAAGAAGUUGUUAUCUGCACAUCUUACUCGUCUGUUAAUGGAUACUAAACUUUUAAGGCACUUAUAUACAAGAUAUGCUUUUUUAAGAUGUGAAGAAGAACGUGAACAAUUCUUAGUACAUUUAUUAUCAUUAAAUGCUGUCGAUUAUUUUUCAUUUACACGAAUGAUUAAUCAAACUGAAAUUAUCUACGAAAUAUUUAUAUGUACUGGUCGAAAGCAUAGUAGCGGAAUAACAUCGACAGCAAAUGCAUGGAUUAAAAUUCAUGGACAUUUUGGAUCAACUCAAGUGAUCAAAAUUCCACAUGGUCACAAUCUUAUUGAAAUCAAAAAUCGUAAUCUUGGUCUACUGUCUACAUUACAAAUUGGACAUGAUAAUACUGGUUCAGCUCCGAAAUGGUUUAUUGAAUUCAUUAUUGUUCAUAAUCGUAUUACUAAUCAUUUUUAUUUAUUCCCAUGUUAUCACUGGUUCGGUUUAGGAGUUGAAGAUGAUGCAUUAGAACGUAUUCUCAUUGGUGAACAAAUCCGUAUUGCAUCAAAUGAUCCAUAUCUCCUAUUCACAACUCCAUUAGCGUUAUCAUCAGAUCCCAUAGAAUGUUUACAAAAUUUGCCAAAUCGUUGUCUAUCACCAUCACUGUCAAGACGAAACUCGGACCAAAAAAAUUUAAACUCUGUCAUAAUACAUGAACGUGUAGCUAAUGCAGUGAAUUGUUUAUUAAAAUUCUUCUGUAAAACAAAUCAUACUAAUACAAUGACAACUAGUUUAACAUCAUUAUGGUGCGGUGAACAUGGUCUUGUACCAGCUUUACAUUUAGUUUUCACUUAUGGUUUUCGAUCAAGUCGUAUAUUUCAACGAAAAAUGUAUGUAUGGGAUUAUUUCGAAAAAGUUGCUAAUGAUUUCUUGGCGAAACUUCAGCCUACUAAUCUUGAUCGUCAGAACCAACAACAACAGAGUAUGGAUUUCCGAGUACCAGAAUUGCAAACUUCUAGUAGAAUUAACUAUUUACCAUUCUCUACUCAUAGUCUACCACGUUCAUUAACAUCGAAACAUAGUUGUUGUAGUCAAGGAAAUAAUAAUAAUAAUAAUAAUAAUAAUAAUAAUAAUAAUAAACAUGAAAAAAUGUCAACGUUCACAUCUGUCAUUAAAUCACAUGGAUUACUACCACAUUCACCAUCAUUUUCUGUUGUUAAUGAAGUUUAUUCAAAUUAUAAUCAUAGUCAAUCUAAACAAAACUAUGCCAAUACACGUUCUAAUUUAAUCUCAUUUUCACAACCUGCUUCACCUGCAUUCUCUCGUUUAAUUGGUGAUAAUUUGAAUACAUCACAAAAUGAACCUAUUGAUAUUUUAAUAAAUAAUGGAUUAGCUUCAAUGCCCAAUUCUAUACAGCAGUCUGCAUUACAGUUUACUAUGUAUGUACAAAAUAUCACUAAUAAUAGUAUGAAUUUUGGUAAAGAGGGUAAAUUUCAGCGUUUUAUUUGUCAUGCACUUCGUGAUCACCUACUCUCUGAUUGGUUAUCUAUAUUGGCAAUUAGUCCUAUCACUUAUCAUAUGUAUGAACCAAGAAGUUUUUUAUUAAGCCAUGAUUUAAGAAAAAUAAUACAAGAUUUGUUAACUUCCCUGGAUGAAUUCAACUUAACGUUUGAACCUGCUCUACUUGGUAGUGAUAAUUAA